AUGUGGCCAAAAUUUAUUUUUUUCCUUCUGCUACCAAGCGCAACGCCAAGACCAACAACAAAAACUACGACAAAAUCGGAUGAGCCAGAACUGCCAUUGAAUACGAGGGCAUACUGGAAAGGUCCGACAUCUGAUCCACAAGGCAAGUAUCCAAGAUCGUGCCAGGACAUUCUUGUUGACGCGGCGAAGGGGCCGCAUUGCAAGUUGCCGGAAGCUGGAAAAUAUAUUAUUCAGCCACGCCCCGGACUCAUGCCUAAGUGGGUAGACUGCAUGUUUGACCCAGAACGAGCGUACACUGUUAUUCAAAGUCGAUACGUUGGUGAAGUUUGCUUCAACCGAAACUGGGAUGACUAUGUAAUGGGUUUCGGGUGCCCUGUCGGAGUGGGCGAGUCUCCUGACUGGUACAACGACUAUCGAAGAGGGAACGAUGGAUUGGACCCUAAUCGCAAAGUCAGUGUUCCUGAUUCAAACACCUCUAUGUGCAAGAAGCCAUAUUAUAGCCCGUACCACUCUGACGACGGUUCCUACACGCCCGACGACUAUCCAAACACGUAUCGCGGCCCGAAUCCGCAACGCACUUUUAUGCUCCCAGAAUGCAAUGGAGAGCAGUGGUUGGGCCUAGAAUAUCAGUACUUCGUUCAAAAGUCUCACGGAGAAGGAGGAAGCAGACUCGUCGCUUACAUUGCAAGCGAUAGAAAAACGUAUCAGUACGUUACUUACGAGAAAUUCAUGAUCGGAAACUGGCAGAAGGACUAUGCAAUCAAGGAAAUUGACGGCUUUGAUGAAGACUUAGUGGACAUAACCGACAUGUUUCAGUUCUCGGGCAACAGUCUUUUAGGAGCGAAGUUUUCCACUGCUGAUAGAGAUAAUGACGGAACAGAGCAAAGAAACUGUGCUUCUGAGAGCGAGUCCGGAUGGUGGUUUAAUGACUGCAACCCAUCAAAGGUUAAUCUAAAUGGAAUGUAUCAUGGAUCUGCUUCUGUCCCUGUCGAGCAUGACGUUAAAACCGGUCUUCCGAUUCAGCCGACUCCAAACGAUGGCAUUUUCUGGAAAAAUCCAAAUCGCAAAUGGGAGUCACUAAGAAUGACAAAGAUAUUGAUUGGACCGACUGAGACUGUGGAUUUUCCCUGCUUAUAUGAAGAAUAA